AUGGAGGAAACGUGUACGUCAUCCGUAUUCAAUUUGUCCGUAUCCUCGAUGUAUGAUUUAUGUGGACAGCCGGUAGCUGUUGAUUUGGUCAACAACAAAACUGUUUGUGGCAAUAUAUUCACAUUCGAUCCAAUUAGUUAUUCAGUUGUAAUCAUUGUUUUUUCUUGUAACUUAGAGCCAAAGACAGUACGAGUUAUACCCGGUAUAUCGAUAAAACAUUUGAGGAAUUUAGAUGAUCAAUUGCCGGAUGGAUGCAUUAAAAAAACACCCGAACUGGAGUGUUGGCUUGGAAAGUUGCUUAGAGUAGCACCACAAUCAUCCAAACAGCAGGUUUCGGAGAGGCGAAAAAGGUUGGUUGAAUGGUUAGAACAGAACCAGAUUCGAGUGAAAAACAACAACGACGGAUCAGUCACUGUGUUUGAUACCGUACGAAUCGUCGCACCCUUCACGGCAGAAGAUUGUUUUUGUGAUAAUGCUGUGAUGAAUAGAACAUAUGGUGGUGAAAGUAAAAAUCUUUUGGGAAUUGACUGUACUUAUAGGAUUUAUUUUUCUUGGAACGCAUGCUUAUAUGCAUUCAUGGGAAGUGCAUGA